GUUUCGUCUGCUAGUGAUGUCACGUCACAAACAAAACGACGUAAUCAACAUCUCUCUUUUUUCCCCUUCAAAUAAUCAAAUAAAGUUUGUGAAUUAAUGAUGGCUUCUUCUGACUGGAUUGAAGUACAGAGACUAGCUGCUGAAUUUCAGCGUACCCAACUUUCUAGCACUCUUCAGAAGCUUUCUGAAAAGAACUGCAUUGAGAUAGUUUCAAAACUUAUUGAAUUGAAGCUUAUUGAUGUGUUCUAUACAAAUGAUGGAAAGGAGUACAUUACUUUAGAACAACUAUCCAAGGAAAUUUGUGAUGAACUCUAUCUGCAUGGAGGCAGAAUUAGCUUGACUGAGCUUGUUCCCAUCCUUAACAUCAGUUAUCAUGCCAUUGAAUCAAGAGCACAAAAUAUCAGCCAAACUAAAUCAGAAAUUCAUUUGGUCUCUGGGCAGUUGAUUGAUGAUGACCAUCUUGAUCGUAUUGCUGAAGAAAUCAAUGAAAAUCUUCAGCAAAGUGGACAGAUAACUGUGGUUGAGUUGUCAAAACAAUAUGAAUUGCCAAUGGAAUUUGUUCUGCAGCUUAUUCGCAGCAGGUUGGGCACCGUUAUCCAGGGACAGCAGGACAAACAUGAUCACCAUGUCUUCUUUACUGAGGGAUUUUUGGCUCGUAAUCGGGCUCGCAUCCGAGGAGCUUUGUCCGCCAUCACUGUCCCAACUUCUGUUUCCACAAUUAUAGCUCAAAACAAGCUUCCAGAACGCCUUUUCUUUGCUUUUGCGGAUGAGCUUAUCAAUACUAAACGAAUUCAAGCUUCGUUGAGUGGAGGCCGACAGAUUAAUGUAGCCACAUUCAUACCUGAAAUUCAUUCGCGAUCUCAGAAUGAAUGGAUCGACAAUUUCCUGAAGCAGAAUGGUUAUCUAGAAUACGCAGCACUUACUCGACUGGGAUUAGGAGAUCCCAAAAGUUUUUGCCGCAAACGUUUCAAGGACACUUCACUUCUCUAUCUGUCAAGUUGUUGCGUUGGUAGCAACAUUUUGGGGCAAAUAGAGGCUGCGAUUGAAGAAGCUAUUAGUUCCCAGUCUUGGGUGGAAGUUCUGCCCUUACUACCCAGUGUAUUUGACGAUGAAGAUGCUGAACAGAUUAUUCAGCACGUGUUAAAGACGAGCCAGAAUAUACCGGAUAAAGAUGCUCUUGUGAUCGGACAAUCAGCUGUCACAAGUAAUUCCUUCGUUCAAAAUCUGAAAAUUAUUUUUAAGCCAAUGAUCGAAGAAAAAGCUAGCGAGGUUGUUGCUUCAGGAGACUAUCUUCAGUCUCUGGCGGAUCAACGAAACGCAAAGGGUAAAUCAUUUAAACCAGAGCAGGCUAAUGAGAAAAAGGAUCGAAAAGAAGAACGAAGAAAGAAGGCCAAUGAAGGCAAACUUGGCGGAGGAACGCAGGGAAGAGAAACUAAAACUAGGGCUACCAAGAAGAAGUACGGCAAAGGAAAGAACGAUUCAGAUGAUGAGAACGAAGGAGAUGUUGUUGGAACUAAUUCCGCAUCUUUAGAACUUGAAUUCAUGUCUAUUGAUGAAAUUUCAAAUGUUCUUAAAAAGCAAGAAAACGUUUCAGAUGCUCCAGAUGAAUUCGUCGAGGAUAUUGCGACACGUCUUUAUCCGUCAUUGCAAGCUUCAUUCCAGGAAGCAGCCCGUCUGGCGUUUGAAGCAUUGCUAUCGUCGACAUCAGGCCAGAGGCGUCAAACCCAUAGUGAAUUGCAAGAUAGAUUGCAGUUGUUAUUGCAGAAUAUAAAACAGGGUGAAAAGGCGAUUCAAUUCUUUACUUCGCUGGAUGUACAGCAACAACUAUGCCGUCAUCUUUUGAAAACAUCUGGAUCAGAACUAGUUAACGAAUUGGUUUCUUACGUGUCUCAGGAUACUAGCGUUGCCAGUGAAUCCAAAGAUCUAUCCCCUGAAGCCCGCCAAAAAAUAAUUAGUGGAUUGCCGCAGAAUGUGCGUGUACCACUUCAAGGUCUUCACAAAGCCACUCAGGGAGCAAAUGUCGAGGAAUUUAUUUCAGAAACGGAAGUGGCCUUAUCAGCUUGUGACGUCGUCCUACGUAAAGUGGACAAAAAGAAAGACAAGGCGAUUCCCACUCAACAUCGACAUUUGCUUAUCGAGCAGCUUAAUGCUGCAAAAGAUGCUGCUUUAGUCCUUCAUGUAGCUGUUCUAUUGCUAUUCCAUACUGUCACACAGACAGUUUUGAAUGCUUCCGGGCGGUUUGUUCCUCAGAUUAUAACUUUUCUCCAGUCGCACCUAUCACCGUCUACCGCGGAAUUGCUGUCUACAUUGCAAGAACACAAGAUCGUCCUGGUUGGAUUGGACAAUGCAGGAAAAACUACAAUUCUUUACCAGUUCUUGAUGAAUGAAGUUGUUCACACAUCUCCAACGAUUGGGUCAAAUGUGGAAGAAGUGGUGUGGAAGAACAUUCACUUCAUUAUGUGGGACCUUGGUGGACAGGAAUCUCUGAGAGCUGCAUGGAAUACUUAUUAUACCAAUACAGAGUUUGUAAUUUUAGUAGUAGAUUCCACUGACAGAGAAAGGCUAAGCAUUACCCGGCAAGAGUUACAUAAAAUUCUGGCGCAUGAAGAGCUCCACCAAUGUGCAGUUUUGGUUUUGGCCAACAAGCAAGACGUCAAAGGUUCCAUGUCAGCUGCAGAAAUAUCUCGUCAUUUGAACCUCACUUCCAUAAAGAAACACAAGUGGCAAAUCCAAGCAUGUUGUGCCCUCACUGGUGAAGGACUGUACCAAGGACUCGAAUGGAUCGCCAGUCAUAUUCGCAAGAAGUAGAAAUUCCACAAGAAUAUAGCGUUAUUUAAGUCUUCAGGGCAUGACGUUGUAAAAAUCUACUAGUAUAUGCUCGUUGAACAGGGUCCAUAAUAUCUUUAUGUGGAAUCCUCGUGGAAUCGUCAUCGUAUUUUAGUUUGCAAUUGAAUGAGCUGUUCCUUCGUCUAGAACCGAAAUAUUGUUCGGAAUUGUGUACAGUCAUGGUGUGAAACUUUUUUUCCUAUUGUGGGCUUUCCUUUCAACCAUUUUCUAUGUUUUUACGUACGUGUACAGUUUUUGCGCGCCGACCGACCGAAUCACAGGCAUCUACAAUCAUGAGAAGCUCACGAUAGCUUGAUUAACUUGUGAAUGCCGCUCGUGUAUCGAAAAAACUAGCCGUCAUUUCAGUGGAAUCAAUGAAUCAUUUUAUUUUUCGACAA